GACACGUGUGCCGCGAUUCACAUCUUCGAUUUAUCCUCGCGCGAAUCACGCUACCGUUUCCAUCGUCUCGACUAGAAGUAUACCAUCCUUCUGCCGCCCCUCUCGUCGAUCCGCCAUUUCCAUCCAACGGCAAGUCGCCGCGAAACCCCACUUAAAAGAAGAAGAAACAAGAAGCGAAAAUGCUCCGCGUCUCUGAGGACGGGAACCGUCGCCGCGAUGUAUCCGUCGCGAAGUACAGUCAGCUCCGUCAAUCGCUUCUUGAUCUCCAGCAAGCUGCUGAUCGAAUCUUCGACACCAUCUCUGAAAGAGUACGGUCGAAAAACCGCCCGGCGAUAUAUCCCCUCAAUUUCUCGUUUCCCUCACACUCCAUUCUCCUCCUCUCUGUAUCUACAGGCUGCAGAGGAGCGAGAGAAGCUGGAGAAUAUACUGACGAGAAUUUCAAAAGUAAAGGGUAAGAUUGAUGCAAUGUCACAUUCAAAUCAGUCAAUGACAGUCAAAUCUCCCUCAAGGUAUCCAUCAAAGUCUGCUGGUGAGGAGGAUUACCAAGCUUUAUUCAGCUAUAAGGAUGGAUCUGCCAGUGCAGGCUUCCCAGUAGGAAAGUUGUUGCUGAAUGGAGGAUUGCAUAGGGAAUUCGGAAUAGAUGGCACGCUCGAGCUAUUUCAGUUCUUUUCAGAAACAGCCUGCGAAUCUCUUCCGAAGGAGGUCCAUUCAAAGGUGACACAUCAGCAUGUAGGGAGAGGAAGAUCUGACAUCUACUCUCGUGCCAGUGAUGGUUUUACCCAUUCAAGAGGAAAUGCAUACUCCGAGUAUCUUAUCGAACCUCCAAAAUUUCCCAAUAGCAGCUGCCUAGCGGAGGAUCGUACUGCAUUGGAUUCUUCAUUCAAACCUAAACACCAGUCCCUGCCACCUCCACCUCCGAGUUUACUUCUGCAUAAUUCGCGAUCACUUCCAGGACCGGAAAGUUUCAGCUUUAAACCUGCUGUAAAGCAAUUGCAGUCUUUGAAGUUGCCAGUCAUCCUUCCCGACCUUCCCAUGGUUUCUAACACAGCCUUUGGUGCCAUCAAUUCACUAUCUAAAACAUCUGAACAUCGUUCGCCUGAAACUAGUAGUUCUACUUUGGUGGCCGGCAAGGUUGUGAUUCAUCCAUCUUCAGGUCUCCAUGGUGGUUGUGAGCAAGAAGAGAAAAUGGAUUCCACAGUCAGAUCUGGUGAAGCAAUACCAUGUUUGCGAAUCUUACCAACACCACCUCCAUUACCACCUUCAUUAGCUGCGACGUCAUCACCAACCCAAAAGCUGCAUUCGAGUGGAAAUUCAGGAUCUACAAGCACACAAGUUGAUAACUCACAGUUAAUUCCAUCACUGCCCAUUGUUGAUUCUAAGAGAGCUGCCCUUCUCGCUUCCAUUCGUGACCCUGGAAUAGUUCUAAGAAAGGCUGGAGUUUUACAUCAUAGUACUAGCCCAACCACUCCAUCUUCUCCAUUAGAGAAAGACAAAAAUUCUAGUGGAUACGAAAACAUUCCCGGAGCUCCAAAACUUAAGGGUAAUCUUCUAGCUGAGGUGGCUUCCUCCCUUAAGAUGCGAAGGCUCGCAAUGCAAGGCUCUAUGUACAGUAAAGAGCAGGCGGAGCACAUUGCGAAUGCUAGUCCUGCAGCCCUCAGAGCAGAAUCAUCAUCUCUAGAGGCGGCUGAUCUCCAUGAAUCUGACGAGCCUAGUGAAGAAGAUGACUGGGAUGACUAGAAACUGCUACAGAGCUUCUGCAGGUGGGACACGAUUCGGGCGAUCAAGACCGUCCAUGUCACCGUACAAUUGAGAACCAGAACAUAAUGUCCAAAAUCCAUGCCCAGGUAUAAUCCCUUAUUUUCAGAUACCCUCUGGGAGUAGAGGAUUGAUAGUGUCCUGAUGCACUAUUAUGUACUAAUGGGAUCACGAUCUGGAGAUCCAAACCGUCGGUCUAAUUGGCCACAUUAGGUAACUUAAGUAUCUCCUAAUUAGGGGUCUUUAAGCAGUGGGUGUCCAAAAGAUAUAUGGUUAACAGAAAAAUCCAGCUGCCUUUUUUUAAAAAGGGCAAAAGAUUGGAUGGCUUAGAUCUUCAAGUUUGGGGAAAGAAAAAAAUAUCUUUUAAGUUGGAAUGAUCAUUGCCACUUAGCCAUGGGUUGGAACCCCAAUGAACCAUGAGCCUGUUUGUGUGAAUUGAGCAAAAAAAAAAAAAACAAUA